CUCCAAGGCAGUCAGGACAAAGUGCCAGCAAAACUACGUCCAGGAUGCAGAGAAACGUGAUGAUCACACACCUUCUCACCUUUCUUCAGAUCUGAUUCAUCUUGUAGAUAAGACGAGGACAAAGUGCUUGAGGAGUCCACAAACUGCAGGUUUAAAAUACAAGUAACCUUCCUGCCGAUCAGCAACAUGCCGGAGUUAAACUGCUCCCUCGCUGCUCUUUUCACAUCUGCUGCCACUGUUUUCAGUGACGUGGGCUGCCCCGAGGCUGCUGUGCUGUGUGGGAUGAAUAUCUCCUGGGUGUUGGCUAAUGCCACCGCACAAGAUCUGGGUGACAUGUGCUUGAGUGAGGAGGAGUAUCUGGCCAAGCAGCUGGGGCCCUCAAGGUCCCCCAUCUUCCUUCCCGUCUGCAUCACCUACCUCACCAUCUUCAUGGUGGGCGUGCUGGGCAAUUCUCUGACCUGCACUGUCAUUUUGCGCCACAGGGUGAUGCAGACGCCCACUAACUACUACCUGCUGAGCCUGGCGGUGUCUGAUCUGCUGGUGCUGUUGCUGGGCAUGCCAUUAGAGCUGUAUGAGAUGUGGCAGAACUACCCCUUCCUGCUCGGGGAGGGGGGCUGCUACUUCAAAACUUUCCUGUUUGAGACGGUUUGCUUUGCCUCCAUCCUCAAUGUCACAGCGCUCAGCGUGGAGCGCUACGUGGCGGUGGUGCACCCUCUCAAAGUCAAACACAUGGCCACGCGUGCUCAUGUCAAGAGGGUCAUCGUCAUGCUGUGGGUGCUGUCCAUGUUGUGUGCUGUGCCAAACACCAGUCUGCAUGGGAUUGCGGUGCUGCCUCCAAGGUUUGGACGACAGUUUCCCCAAUCUGCUAUCUGCUAUGUGAUUAAGCCCAAAUGGAUGUACAACCUGAUCAUCCUGAUUUCCACGCUGGCCUUCUUCCUGCUCCCCAUGUUGAUAAUCAGCGUUCUCUACCUGCUCAUUGGCCUGCAUCUGUACAAGGAGAGGAUAAUUGUGGUGGACACCAGGGGUAGCUUUGGACCAGAAAGUCUCUCCAGGUCUCACGAGCAGAAGCUGAGCAAACGCAACCUGCAAGUCACCAAGAUGCUGUGUGUGCUGGUGGUUAUGUUCGGCAUUUGCUGGGCUCCCUUCCACGUGGACCGCUUGAUGUGGAGCUACAUUGACCAGACGUCCGAGGAGCACCUCCAGGUUUUUGAGCACGUCCACAUCGUCUCCGGAGUUUUUUUCUACCUGAGCUCUGCUGUCAACCCCAUCCUCUACAACCUCAUGUCCACGAGGUUCAGAGAAAUGUUCAGUCACUUUACCUGUUAUUCUCACAGCUGGUCGUUACAAUCCAGCAUACAGAUGACCCAACGCAGCACCUUGAGCGAGAAAACACUAAACAGCAUGAAAUGUUCUUAGUCGGGGCCAAAGGACAUCCGAGAACAUUAUAUACAGAAGUUAAAGGAAAAACCAAAGUGGAGAAAUGCAAGAGCCUGGAAAUGUUGUGGAUCAUAUCCUAUGGCCUACAAAGUAUCCAGAAUUCAUUUCAGCUAGCUACCACCAUCACCAACACACAAAAGUGAUGUGAAAUGAGUGAAUGUCAUCCCUCCAAUAGAGCUCAGAGACUUGAAGAAUCUGCUAAGGAGUACUGAAGCUCUUCUGGAGGCCUGUGAUGUUCCAGCACCUCAUAAGACACUUUUCUUUGGUUUUUCCUUUGACUUGUCAUCCAUGACUAAAUAUAAGUUGCCCAUUGACUUUCAUAUUAGAAAGGCUCCCCAAAUGGAAGGAUAACCCUCAAAGUGUUGGUGGAUGUUGCAUGAAGAUGUAAUGACAUUUCCCCGAAUGGACAGAACCACAUAAUGAAAGGUUAUGUGGCAAGCCUUAAAGGUCCAUCGUCUAAGAUUUAGGGGGAUAUAUUGGCAAAAAUUGAUUAUAAUAAGUAUGUUUUCUUAUGUUUUUGUAUAAUCACAUGGAAAUGAGAAUCAUUGUGUUUUUGUUACCUUAGAAUGAGCCAUUUAGGUGCGAGUCAGCACCUCCCAAUCUGCUGGCAAACCGGGCUGGGGGGAGAGUUACUGCCUCAAGCAAGGGAGUUCAAUUAUCUGGGUCCUGUCCACAAGUGAGGGUAGAAUGGAGUGGGAGAUGGAUUGGUGGUUUGGUGCGGCAUCUGCAGUGAUGCAGGUGCUGCACCGGACCAUCAUGGUGAAGAGGCAUUCUGAGCCAGAAGGCAAAGCUUUCAAUUUACUGGUCCGUCUACAUCCCAACCCUCACCUAUCAUCAAGAGCUCUGAAUAGUGACCGAAAGAAUGAGGUUGCAGAUACAAGCAGCUGAAAUGAGUUUCCUCUGUGGGGUGUCUGGGCUCAGCCUCAGAGAUAGGGUGAAGGGCUCGGAUAUCUGGAAGGAUCUCGGAGUAGAGCCACUGCUCCUUCGCAUUGAAAGGGGUCAGUUGAGGUGGUACAGGCCCAGCCCUGGAUAAGCGGAUGAAAAUGGAUGUCUGUAUGUUUUUGUUACCUACGAGUGAGCCAUUUAUAUCUACAUAGGGAGCAGGUCCUUGUCUACAGAGAUCGCCACGUUGCAUAGCCAUGUUUCUACAGUAGCCAAGAAUAACCAAACUAGCUCUAGAUUGGGUCAUUGACGUUUUCACAUCGGCCACUGUAGUUAGAAGUCCCUCUGCAACUAGAGCAUCGGAAAAAUGUUUUUUUAAUGUGAAAAUGCUUCAUUCAGUGUUUUUACUUGUUUAAAUAACCUGGGGUCUAAAUUUCAAAUAUUGCAUACACAUGGAAUGCCUGAAAGAGGUGUAGGCCACUUCCCAUGGAUAAGUUGUGAUCUAUAAAAACAGACUUGAGGGGAGAAACUUUGACCCAUACUCAUGAACAUUUUGGAGACGGGAAAUUGGCGAUGCACAUGGUGAGGUGGACGCCUGAUUGUAGAAAUUGUCGAAUAUUUUUGGGCGCACGCCAUUUUUGGCUUUUGUCUGUAUGUACAUUUCUAGUAUGGAUCGUAUGCACUGUUUUAUACAUGAGACCCCUGGUUCAUUUGCUUUGGAGAGGAAGAGACCUCUGCGGUUGAUUCUGCUCCUGAUAAAAACCUUUUGAACGUCUGGAUCUUAAUUUAUCAGAGAUGAAAGGCAAGCACAAACUACCAGAUGCUGUGAGAGCAGCUGGUCUGCGACAUGCCAAACAGCAUAGGAAAAACAGUGAUUUGUAACACAAUGCCUUAUUCAGUGUUUGUACUGGUUUUAAUCAGCGGGUCGGUUUGUUUUCAAAAGAGAAGGAGACCUCUGUGGAUAAUUCAGCUCCCUAUAAAAACCUCAGAAACAAUGAACACUGGAGGAAUACUAACCAGGAGUUUCAUCCGGUUGCUAUCUGCAAUUCUCACUCCUAGAUGCCACUAAAUCCCCCUAAAUCUUACACACUGUUCUUUUAAGAGACUGACUUAAAAAACAAGUAUUCUUCAUAGCCGCACGCUCUUCUACUGUAUCUGAAAGUCCUCCAGACUGCAGAAAUAUCUACAGUGACUGAAAUCCUAUUUCA